AUGGCGAAUCUGGGGAGAAUCAUAUCGGGCGUGCCUGAUGUGUUGGCUAUUGAUAGAAUAUACCAAAAGGCACUCAACAUCAACGGCAAAUACCUUACCGAAGAGUACAAGGAUUUAUAUGCUUGCUUCGCCUUAUUCGACAGGCGUUGUAUUCAUGGAUCGAAAGUUAUCGCGGAUAUUGACAUGGCCCAAUCCAUUGAUUGGCCCAAAGCACAAGGGAAAGAGGCCGGCAUUAAAACUCAAUACGUGACGGAAGAGCCAGAUGAGAAGUUUAUCAAAGAUCUUUUUGUUGGCUUUGUCGCCGUGGUACUGGGAUUCAUCCCCGUCAUCGGACCUCUUGUGGCGUUUGGCUUCACUGUCACGUAUGAGCUGUUGGAAAAUUCGGAAAAGUUCACAAAGGCUGCAGGAGUUGGUGGCAAAGCACCAGCCUUUACACAGGCGUGUGUCGAUUCUCGUGAGGGAUUGAAACCUAUAGUCAAGGCGGGUUUCAAGGCUGUAUUCAAGGGGCAUUUGCAAGAGGCUCCUAAAAAAAGUAUUCAAGUCGAUACCGGCGAAGAGAAAGUCGAGAACGGCGAUGAAGAAGAUACACCCCAUCUUGUCAUUGAAGCGGGAGAAGCAGAAGUGCUUCAAGCUCGUGGAAACUUUGUUGCUUAG